AUUCAUAUUAUUCGGUUUGCGGGCGAGUUGAACGUCUUCCAUUAUUGUCAUUCAUCGGAGGAAGUGGGCGGCGAGGGGCGGCGCGGGUGCCGGCGGUAGCCCCCCGCUCGACUCUCAGUCGCUCGCCGACACUCUCGCCGCCAGCACGCGAGAGCCGCGAUGCACGUUGCCUUCGCUUGACGCAUUCAGUAUCGGUCCGCGUGUGUGUGCCACUGUGCCCUCUCCGUGAUCCGAGAUCGAAGCUCGUUUGUAUCGCGUGCAGUGUAGCCGCAGCCAGUGCGCCUCUUCGGAUCUUAGGGUCCGAGUGCAGCGAGCAGUCAGUGAGCAGUGGACAGCAGCACGCGACAGCCGACGGCUCAGCUGACCGGCACGCCUGCCUGCGAACGCACGGUCACAAUGAGGUCUCUGGUACUGUUGCUGACGACAUGCUCAUGCUUAGUCAAGUGUAUGCCUCCCCCGCACCCAGACGUGCUGGCUGUGCGCCGGGAGGAAGACCUCUUGCCACCAGUCCUCAGGAGCCCAGCGUUACGGAACCCACACCUAUUACAAGUGCUACCGCUAACCAGCUUAUUACAUAAGGGAGAAAAACUGGUAUACGCAAGAGACGCUCACGACGUGUCACGCAAGGAGAUUUACAAGAUCCUCACUCACGCCGGCCUGAUCCCCAGGAAAACGUUUCCGCCUGCCUCGGAGGAAAGCAAACUGAACCAGAUCCCGCUGACAUUCCACGACGAAUUCAGCGAACAAGACUACUUUGAUCAAUCUCUCUUUCCUAGCCAAGAAGUAUUGCAAUAUUUGUAGUAGAAAAUAGAACUAUAAGGUAUCUACCACCGGUUUUUGAGGCAGUUGAGCUUAAUCGGCCGUUUAAUGUACUGUCCACUUAGUUUAUUAUACUUAUUUGAGUAUGAUAGACAUUUCUUUUUGUUCAGCAAGCUCUUAAAGCAAGUUUUCAUUGUGGAAGUGAGACAGUGAUUAUAAUGCAUCUCAUUUUAGCAAUGAUAACAGUUUAAAGAGCUCAUAUGCCUUUCAGAAACUCGGGAACGGUCUCAAAAAUCAUAGCAAUUGGACUUCCAAAAAUUCUAACUAAGCUUUACUCGUAUUUUAGAGGUUUUUUUAUGUCAAGAUGUUUAAAGUUUCUAUCAAUUGUAGAUAUUAUUUUGUAAGAAUUAUUCUAAGGUUAGGCUAUUGACCUAGAAGAAUGCAAACGGUGUCACGGUUAAAAGUGAUCUCUGUAAAAAUUGUCCUUAGGGGGGUCAAAAAAUGUAUCCUAAGCUACAAAUACUUUGUCCCUAUAGAUUAUAAUCAUGUAAAUAAUUGUAAAUAUACCCUUGUCUAGAGUAGCGUGGAGUGGCUAUGUAUGGUGCAAUACUUUAUAUUUUAGUUUUAAAGCAUUAUCGAGUAUAUAAUUUGUGGAUUUACUCAUGUAAAUAAAGGCCGUACUAUUAAAUUGACAGAAAGAGACAGAGCGAUGUAUGUAAAUAGCUCCAUCAUUGUCACUAAAAUCGUUAUGAUAAUUAAUAUCAAUGUUAUAGUUCGGCCUUAAAUGUAUUGUUGAAAAUAAAUAUUUACACACA